AGCAUCUCUGAGCGGCCAGCCUCGUGCCAUGAUAAGCUGUUCUCUGUUCGCGAUAAGGACUGUCAUCGCACUGUUGCCUCGACUCCCACUCAUCGAAUAGCCCGAGCUACACAAUCUCUCUCACCUAUUUCGGAUGGUAUUGUUGAUGACUCUGUCAGCAGUCAAACUCGACGCCAUCGUAGUAUAUCUGGUUGCUGUCUAACCCUUACCCCAGCACGUACUAAAGAAAGCCAACUUGAGAAUAGACACAUUAAACCAAUUACACUGAAGGAGAAUGCCGUGGGUGUGGUAGAAGGGACCAAUUUGAAUGACUGUAUUUUGCCAUCUAAUAAUCCGAGCCACCGGGACUGCGAGAUUUUUGAUACUUUCGCAGAGCGAAACCGAGCUUCGGAUCAGCCAGUUGUCAACACAAUUAUCACUAGAAUAAACCAUACUCCGACUAGUCCUCUAGAUUCCAUAUCACUGUAUGGUCGACAUGACAUUCAAGAAAAUGGUAAUGAGCCAUUGCAAAUUGAAGCGAUCACCAGCACAAAUGAUAAGUCGGUUCAUGAAGACUUUCCUCAUAGACGACUUCAGGCUUCUUGUAUCUCGCCCGAAACUUCAUUGAGAAAGAGCCUGAUUACACAGGAUGGCUCAGGCAUAAUAGGUACUAGUCAAGACCUUUACAGCAAUAGAAAUAGAGGCGAAAACACCAAUUUUGGUGACAAGAAUUGUGCUGUCAAUGAGGGUAACAAAACCGAUCAAAAAGAAACUAAAAAGCGGCAUGUUUCUAUUGUGAAUGUCGACCAACAAAUCCCUGCGCCUUCUAAUGAAGUGACACAUGAAGACUUAAUAUCUUCCAGUACAAGCGAAGAUGAAACUUUUGCUCCAGGCUCGCCGCGUGGUGUCUCUCCAACUAGACUGACAGACUGUUUAAACCAGUUGGUUAGAUCCACACGUGGAUGGCAUCUUCAACAACUUGCUGAUUUACAUUCACUCAUAGGACAUCGAAUAUUGCUCGGAUGGCGUGGAAUAGCAAAUAGGGCUGGUCUAGUUGAAGUAAAUUGA